AUGGAGAGCUUUUUUAACGAGAGUAAAAUCUCGGAACAUCGAGGCCACCUGACCCAGCCGCAGGUGGAGGCUGCGGGAGAGGACAGACAUGGACCGAACCGGGAUCUCAGCCUCCGCGCACUGACCGGGUGUGUCCUGUGCGUCCUGAUCGUCUCCACUCUGUUGGGCAACACGCUAGUCUGCGCCGCAGUCAUUAAGUUCCGCCACCUGCGCUCCAAAGUAACCAACUCGUUCGUGGUGUCGCUGGCUGUGUCCGACCUGUUCGUGGCCGUGCUGGUGAUGCCGUGGCGGGCGGUCUCCGAGGUGGCCGGGUUCUGGUUCUUCGGCCACUUUUGCGACACCUGGGUGGCUUUUGACAUCAUGUGCUCCACCGCAUCCAUCCUCAACCUGUGCAUAAUCAGCAUGGACCGCUACUGGGCAAUCUCCAACCCGUUCAGGUACGAGCGCAGGAUGACGCGCAGGUUCGCCUUCCUGAUGAUUGGCGUCGCCUGGACGCUCUCCAUCCUAAUCUCCUUCAUCCCUGUACAGCUCAGCUGGCACCGCGCGGAUAAUUCCACCCGGACCAGCCCAGGUGACUGCAACGCGAGCCUGAACCGGACCUAUGCCAUCUCCUCAUCCCUCAUCAGUUUCUACAUCCCUGUGGUCAUCAUGGUGGGCACGUACACGCGCAUUUUCCGCAUCGCACAGACCCAGAUAAGACGGAUCUCUUCUUUGGAAAAGGCUCCAGGACCCCGUGCGCAGAGGCUUUCCACCUUGACGCACAACGAAAGCACACUGAAAACGACCUUUAAACGGGAAACUAAGGUUUUAAAGACACUGUCCAUCAUCAUGGGGGUCUUUGUGUUUUGCUGGCUACCGUUCUUCGUCCUAAACUGCGUGGUGCCGUUCUGCAACCUGGACCAGCCUGGAGCUCCGCCGUGCGUCAGCGACAGCACUUUUAGCAUCUUCGUAUGGUUCGGCUGGGCCAACUCGUCCCUAAACCCGGUGAUUUACGCCUUCAAUGCGGACUUCAGAAGGGCCUUUUCCACCAUCCUUGGCUGCAACAGAUGCUGCUCCACAUCUGCAGUGGAGACGGUGAACUUCAGCAACGAGCUGGUGUCCUAUCACCACGACACCACGCUGCAGAAAGAACUGGUGGCUGGCCCCGGCGCACAGAGAAUCAUCCCGGCGCACACAGCGGAGGAGCUUGAGCAGAACUUUGACAAACUUUCCGAAGAUCCCCGAAACCAUCGGAAUCUGCUGCUCCCUGCCAUCCUGCAGUUUGAAUGUGAGCAGGAGAUCUCUUUAGACAUGAUGCCUUUUAAUUCCUCCGAGCACAUUGACUGCUGUGGUAUCCCUGGUCAGACCCAGGACCUCUGAGUAUCC